AUGUGCGGUCGUUACGCUCUAGCGCUGAGUAACGAAGAACUCUACGAUGCUCUCCAAGAACAACUCCCUAGGAUGUUUGACCAUGGUCGUCCAAGAUGGGAACGUCCUCAGGAUUAUCGACCAAACUAUAACGUUGCUCCGAGACAGAGAGCUGCGGUGAUACAUCGGGAUACGGAGUCAGGAAGGGCGAUGAUAGAGACUAUGCAAUGGGGUUUGAUACCACAUUGGAGUAAACAUCCUCCAAGCGGACCUCUGAACACUAUCAACGCUAGAUCGGAAACUUUGCUAGAUCCUACAUCAGGAGGCAUGUGGCAUCAUCUAAAAGGAUCAAAACGAUGUGUCGUCCCUGCUCAAGGGUACUAUGAAUGGCUCAAAAAACCAUCUACCAAGAUCGCUCAUUUCACACGACUACCUCUCGGACCGAAAAAUGACAAUACAUCACCUCCCUUGAUCUUCUUCGCAGGUCUGUACGACAUUGUACAUUAUGUAUCACCUGUCGAAUCUCGUUUCCGACCUUCUUCCCCUGAUCCGGAAACGGGGGAGAAAGAUACAAGGGAACCUUAUCCCACCGGCAACCCACUUCCCUUGGCGACUUUCACGAUACUUACCACUGCCCCGGCUAAAGAUAUACGCUGGCUACAUGAUCGUAUGCCAUGUGUCUUGAAUGGGUGGGAAGAAGUUGAGAGGUGGUUGGGAAUGGAUGGGAUAGACGGGUGGGUGGAGGGGAAGAAUGGGACGGGGCAGAUGUUGAGGGGUUGUGAGGGAUUGGAUUGCUUCCCUGUCAACCCGGAAGUAGGAAAGAUAGGUACAAAUUCCCCAACAUUCAUACAACCCGUAUCAGAAAGAUCUGACGGUAUCAAAUCUUUCUUCCAAAAACAACAACUCUCCCCUUCGAAACUUGCAAAAUCCUCUCACUCUUCUCCUCGCUCUGUCAAAAAGAUCGAUUCUUCAGAAACUUCACCGAUCUCUCCGCAGAUAUUGGAGGAGACGAAAGAUGUCAAGCCAAAGGAAGAAAAGGGAUUAGGUGACGAUUCCAACGCUCCUAAUCCUACUCCCACUGUAUCACCAGGUAAGACACCAGGGGUGAAGAAGGAACAACCUACGCCGAAGAGAAAACGACAGUCAGAAUCGGACGCAGAGGAAGAAGCCCAGGAAAAGCCUCAAGGACGGAGAGGGGGACAUCAAACGAAAGUAGUCAGACGUACGGAUCCGGAGGAUCACAAAGCAGCCCAACCCAGUAUCACGAGUUUUUUCCAAUCGCCUGCCAAAUCAAGCACACAAGGGGCGAAGAGAAGCACACGAAAGAGUAGAUGA